AUGGUGUCCCGUAAGAAGCCCGAUUUCGUCUACUUAAUGGAAACAAAAGUAGAUCAGAGUCAUGCAGAAAGACUACGAGUAAAGAUUGGUUUUGAGGGUCUGUUUUAUGUGGAUCCGGAUAGGAGAGGGGGUGGCUUAGCAUUAUUAUGGAAAAAGAAUAAUACUGCUAGGCUGUUGAGUUAUUCAAAGAAUUAUGUGGAUGUGGAGGUAGCUAUAAGGGAGAAAGUAUGGCGAAUGACAUGUUUCUAUGGGUUCUCACAGAGGCAUAGACGCAGGGAGGCAUGGCAAUUGUUGAGUGGUUUAAGGGAUAAGUCUACACUGCCCUGGGUGGCUUUGGGAGACUUUAAUGAUUUGUUAUAUCAGCGCGAAAAGAAAGGGGGGAAUCCUCACCCGGAUAGUCUGCUGAGAGGCUUUGGAGAUGCUGUAUACAAUUGUGGGCUAGUCCAAUUGCCAAUGCGAGGUCACCAGUUUACAUGGGAGAAGGGGAAAGGGACUGAUAGGUGGAUGGAGGAAAGGCUGGAUAAGGUGUUGGUGUCUACACGAUGGACUACUAUGCAUACUGAGGGCCGCAGACAUGGGGGACCGAAACGAUUUCUCUUUGAGAUGGCAUGGGUUCAUGAUGACGGUUGUCGGGGGGUGGUGGAGACUGCCUGGCAGGAUAGUAGGGAUAAGGGGCUGUUGAUUUGUCAGCAGCAUUGUGGAGGAAGGCUAAUGCGGUGGGGUGGGGAGCAUUGUCAUAAGUUUGGUGACCGCAUAAAGCAAUUGAGGAAAGAGCAAGAUGAGCUGCGUCACAGACGAGAUUCGGCUGCGUUGGCCGAGUUUCGCGAUAUUGAGGAAAGACUGGGACAGUUGGAGAUGCAGGAGGAUGUAUUUUGGAGGCAGCGGGCGAAGCAGCACUGGCUGCAUGGUGCGGACUGCAAUACCAAAUUCUAUCACAGGUACGCUUCCGCUCGUAGAAGGAAAAAUUAUAUUCCUAGAUUAAAAAAUGAUGUGGGUGCAUGGGUGGAGGGGGAUAAUAUGAGGAAAGUUGUCUUGGAGUAUUAUGCUGCUAUUUUUACAUCGUCAAACACUGAAUGUGAGGAUCCCAUGCUUGAUAAUUUUGCCCCCCGUGUGACUAGUGAGCAGAACACUAUGCUCCUUCGCCAGUUUGAAUUAGAGGAGGUCAGGAGUGCUUUAUUUGCAAUGUUCCCUGACAAAGCACCAGGACCAGAUGGUAUGAACCCUGGGUUCUACCAGGAAUAUUGGGAUAUUGUAGGGGGAGAUGUGUCUGAAUUUAUUGUGAAUUGCUUAAACUCAGGCUCGCUGCCUGAGGGAUUGAAUGAUACUAAUGUGGUUUUAAUUCCGAAGAAAGAUGUGCCUGAGACAGUAGCUGAUAUGAGACCAAUAGCACUGAGUAAUGUUCUGUACAGAAUCAUGGCGAAGGUAAUAGCCAAUAGGAUGAAACCACUUAUGGGGAACCUCAUCUCAGAGGCCCAGAGUGCUUUUAUUCCUGAGAGACUUAUUACUGAUAAUAUUUUAAUAGCUGCAGAGGUGGGGCAUUACUUAAAUAGAAAGCAGUGUGGUAGGAAAGGGUGGGCGGCAUUGAAGUUGGAUAUGGCCAAGGCAUAUGAUAGGAUGGAAUGGCGGUUUUUGAGAAGGAUGUUGGAGGUAAUGGGUUUUGAUGACCAGUGGAUUAAUUUGUUAAUGCAGUGUGUUACUACUGUCCAGUAUAACAUCCUGAUUAAUGGUGUUAAUAGUGGGGGUGUAACGCCAACCAGGGGACUGCGACAGGGAGAUCCUUUGUCUCCAUAUUUAUUUCUCAUAUGUGCUGAAGGGUUAAUCUACGUUGUUGCAAAGAGCGCAAAUGGCUGGCUUAAUACAUGGCUGCAGACAAAUGAUAGAGAGGCAGAAGUAAUUAAACAGUGCCUGGGACGAUAUGAGGAGCUUUCAGGACAAAAGGUAAACUAUCAUAAGUCCAGUGUCUGUUUUAGCAGAAAUACCAGUGUGGAGGAUAGGGAAGUGGUGGCAAGUUGCUUACAGGUAAACCAGGCACCCAACUUUGGGAAAUAUCUGGGGUUACCAUCUUUUGUGGGGAGAAAAAAGAGGGCAGUGUUCUCAUAUAUUGAGGAUAAGAUAAAACAGAGAAUAAGCUCAUGGAACAAGAAAUUUUUGACACAGGCAGGGAAGGAAAUUCUAUUGAAACGCGUGGCACAAUCUAUGCCUACCUUUUCAAUGAGUGUCUUUUUGAUUCCGGACACAGUGUGUUUAUCAUUCCAGAGAACAAUGAACAAGUAUUGGUGGGGCACUGGUAUGGAUAGAGGAAUACACUGGAAAGCUUGGGAUAAGUUGAGUAUCCUAAAGAAAUAUGGAGGAAUGGGAUUUAAAGAUCUCAAGAAUUUUAAUUUAGCAAUGUUGGGAAAGCAGGCAUGGCGCCUACUCACAAGUCCAGACACACUUGUUGCAAAAGUCUAUAAGGCAAGGUACUAUCCGAAUACCACUUUUAUUGAUGCCAAGAUAGGAGGAUGCCCAAGCCACUCAUGGAGAAGUAUUAUGGCAGUUCAUGACAUGGUGGUGGCACGGGUGGGCAGGAGGAUAGGGGAUGGUAAAACGACACUAAUCUGGGGACACCCAUGGUUACCUGAUAAUCCUAGCCCUUUGGUGCAGACUGAUAUGCCUGUAGAGCUCAGGCAUGCUAAAGUGGUAGGUUUAAUAGAUGAACAAACUGCUACCGGGGACCCACAUAUUUUAUCAGAUUUAUUUGAUGAGGAGGAUGUGAGUCGAAUACUGAGGAUACCUGUCAGUCCAGGAUAUGAGGACUCAUGGUAUUGGCCUGAUGACCCCAAUGGGGUAUAUACAGUUAAAAAUGCUUACAGAAACAUUAUGGGUAUUUAUGAUCACUCAUCCGGGGAUUUUGAGAAAUGGACUAAAAUGUGGGGAAUGAAAAUACCCCCAAAAUGGAAGACUUUUUUAUGGAGAGCAAUUUGUGAUAUUCUUCCAACAACUAACAACUUGAUUAUAAAGAGGGUGGAAGUGGAUCCCACAUGCCAAAUGUGUGGGCUAGCGCAUGAGAAUGUUAUGCAUACAUUCAUCAAUUGUGAUUAUUCUAGACAUGUUUGGAAUAUUUCAGGAUUGCCAAUAACAAAUAUUGUUGUCAACUCAUUCCCUGAGUGGCUAACAAUUGUGCUUACAAUGUUCACAGAGGACCAAAGUGCAGCGGUGGUGGCAUUGUUUUAUCGCUUAUGGAGGUGCAGAAAUUCAGCUGUAUGGGACGGCACAUUGCCACGCCCUACGGCGGCUUGGAGGCAGGCCACGGCGGCACUGCACUCCUACCAGCAAGUGGUGCGCCGCGGCUCGGCAUCCCUCACGGCAGCUACGGCGGAUGGCAGCGGCGGCUCUACCCCACGAUGUUAUGUGGAUGCGGGAUACCGGGAAGACACGGGAGAGGCUACAUACGGUAUUGUGUUGCUGUCUCCGGAGGGAUCUUUUCUUGCGGCAAAAAAUGGAAGAUUAUCGAAUUGCUUGUCACCAUUUAUGGCAGAGGCUUUGGCAUGUAAGGAAGCUCUAUCCUGGCUAUUGGAAAAAAAUAUAACAACAGUAUCCCUUCAAAUAGACUGUUUACAGCUCAGGAAUGCUAUACGACAGAGAUCAGAUAUCAUAAUGUCCUAUGUUGGAGUAAUAGUAGACCAAUGUAGGAAUUUAAUUUCGUCUUUUAAUUAUGUCUUGUUUAAUCAUAUUUCUAGGCAGAUUAAUGCGCAUGCGCAUACGUUAGCUUCGUUAGCUUUUGUUCAGGAUCAAGCUAUGUAUUGGGAUGUAUCCCCCCAGACUGCACUGCAGCUUUGA